GGCCGCGAGCUCUGUAGAGGGAAAAGGACGGCGAUCGCGCGCCGCCGCGCGCCACUGUCCAAGGCGCUGCCUCCUUCUCCAGUCCCUGUUUCUCUUCCGCGCCCAAAGCACGCUGGGAACUUCGCCUUUUCCUUUCUGCAAUUCUUGCAAUCUGGACGGGGAGUGCUCAAGUGUCAGGUUUCAGGCAGGCUGUAAUGGUUGGAAUGUUGGAGUAGGAUUUGGGAGACCCAGGUUUGAAUUCCCACCGCUGCCAUGGAAGCUUGCUGGGUGACCUUGGACCACCCGCAUACUCUUAACCUAACCUACCUUACAGGGUUGUUAUAAGGAUAAAAUGGAGAAGAAGAAAACAAUAUAAUCCAGCAUCAAUGCAGCAAAACAAGAAGCGCAGAAUAGAAUGGGACAGCUCAUCUGUUAUCGCACCCACUAAGUAUUUCAAACUCACCACAGAAGAACCAUCUCAUCCUUCCUCUGACAGCAGCUUGGCCAGCAAGACAACUGUAUUCAAAAAGACUCAGGUCUUGCGCUCUCCAGGAUCUUCUUAUAAAGAAUUCUCAAGAACUUCAUUUGCAGUGGAAGAUUCUUCCUCUGAUGACUUUGAAACAGAUGAUGAAAUGGACAGUGUGGUUAAGGAGAACCGGAGCUGUUCCUUUUCCAGAGUGCAUUUUGUGAAACGUUCUCCUUGUGAAAUGUCCAAGAAAAAUGUGGUUUCCUUUCAGGAAUCCUUGAAACAUGAGGUUAAACAAAAUGCUUGCAGUGAUGAAGACGAAAACAGUGCUCACAACACUAAAAGCAAAGAUGUACCAAAGGAUGAGAGGGCCAAAUAUGUCCGGAAGAGAGUGGUAAAUCGGGGAGGUCUACACAUUUUCCAUAAAGCUCUGCAAGGUAUAUUAACAAACCCACUACCACUCAACCGAGGUGCAGCUUCUCCAAAUGGAAUUAACAGACUUCGUCAAAGAAAAGAAGCUUUUGGACCAGGGGACAACUUGGGACAUCACUCUACAUGUGGAGAAGAUCCCAGCUGUAGAAGACCUACACAAAACGAACAAAAUGACCCCAGUUGUAAGACACCUACACAAAAAGAACAAAUUAAUAUCUGUAUCCAGCAGGAUAAAAUGGACUCUAGUGGAUCAGAUGGUAGCUCAAGACAUGUGUCUGUAUUUUCAAGAUCAGAAAGAGAAACAGAAUUUAAACUGGAAUCCAAUUUUCAGAAAGCUAGAGUAAAAGAAGAAAAUGACAGUUCUAACUUCACUGGAAAAGACAAUGCCAGACCACGAUGCAAUUCAAGGCAUACCCUUGGAACCCUGAAACUUGAACCAAAACUUACAGAAGAACUAAAAAGUCAGAAUACUGCAGCACAAGAGGACAUCAAUACCUCUGCUGGACAAAAUAAAAAAAGACUUAAUAGAUUGAGCAGCAGUUCUAACUUUUUAAGGCUUGAAGAAGAGCAAAAGCAUAAACAAGUAUCAAACAAGCAGCAAAUCAAUGGAGAAACUGAUUGCACCAGGCUGAGUAAAAAAGAAUCUGGUAGACCUGAAGGUAGCUCAAGACAUGUGCUUGUAUUUUCAAGAUCAGAAAGAGAAACAGAAUUCAAACUGGAAUCCAGUUUCCAGAAAGCUAAAGAAGAAAAUGACAGUUCUAACUGCACUGGGAAAGAUGAUGCCGGACCAGGAUACAAUUCAAGGCACACCCUUGGAACCCUGAAACCUGAAGAUGAACCAAAACUUACAGAAGAACUAAAAAGUCAGAACACUGCAUCAAAAGAGGACAGCAGUACCUCUGUUGGACAAAAUAAAAAACUUAAUAGAUUCAGCAGCAGUUCUAACUUUUCAAGGCUUGAAGGAGAGCAAAAGCAUAAACAAGCAUCCAACCAGCAGCAAAGUAAAAUUGAUAGAGAAACUGACCGCACCAGGCUGAGUAAAAAAGAAUCUGGUAGACCUGAAAACAACUCAAGGCGGGUCUCUGAAGGUUCAAGACAUGAAGACAAAGAAGUGUUCAAGCCUGAGAGCAGUAGUCGGAAAACGACUGCUAAAGAAUCUGUUUGCACAAAGCAUAAAAAUGUGACAAAAGAACAGUGUGUUUCUCCCAGUUCACUUGCUAUACACAGUAAAACUAAAAGUCCAUUUGAGAAUUUCCAGAGGACAAUUUUCGUUGAACCUUCUUCAAAACUUGUAUGUAUGGAUGAACAUGCUUCUGAAGUAGACCUAAAGUGCUCAAAGCAAGAAAAAGAGCCUUCAGAUGGAAGUGACUGGUCUGAUGUGGACAAUGCGCAACCAUUGGCUACCUUCUCUCAAGAGGAUUCCAUCCAGAAUAAUAGUACUUCUGACACAAAAGUCACUUCAGCAUUGGCAACAGAGUUCAUAAUGUAUCCUCCUCACCUGUACAGUCAUAAGAUGAGUGACUGUGUGAAAUAUUGGACAGCAACCCCCAAGCCAGAACAUUGCAGUCCUUAUACUAGUCCCUGUGAAGAUACGUCAUUUAACAGCUCAUAUUCUAGCCACCUCUGUGACAUUUCUUUAGAUACCUCAAUUUCUAUUUCAUCAGAGACCUCAAAGGAUAAAGAUUCUUUGCUGGAAGACGUGUGUGGCAGGCGACGUUCACUCGAUUCUUCACUGGCUAAUGAGAAACCUAGACGGCGAAGUGUGGAAGUGGGAUCAUGCAUUCCUAUUUUCUCCCCACUAACUAAAGCUGGCUCAUUUGCUACAAACCGUGAAAGCCACUAUUUGCCUGAUGACUUUCCCAGACAUUUAGAAGAAGGGUUUAUUGACACUCACUGCCACCUGGACAUGUUGUAUUCAAAAAUGGCUUUCAGGGGCACCUUUUCUAAAUUUAGAAGCACUUAUGAAAACACCUUUCCUGAAGAAUUUGAAGGCUGCAUAGCUGACUUUUGUGAUCCUCGUACCUUGAGUAACUACUUAUGGGAAGAUUUAUUAAAAGAAGACAUGGUUUGGGGGGCCUUUGGCUGUCAUCCACACUUUGCACGCUAUUACUCAGAUCUUCAUGAAAGAAACCUUUUGCAGGCAAUGAGGCACCCCAAAGCUGUUGCCUUUGGAGAAAUGGGACUGGAUUACUCUUACAAAUGUAACACCAAAGUCCCAAUACAACACCAGGUAUUUGAAAGGCAGCUGAAUUUAGCUGUUUCCUUAAGGAAGCCACUGGUAAUUCAUUGCAGAGAUGCUGAUGACGAUCUGCUACACAUCAUGAAAAAAUGUGUACCAAGAGACUACAAAAUACACAGGCAUUGCUUUACUGGUAGAUACGAUGUUAUUGAACCAUUGCUGGAUUACUUUCCAAACCUGACCGUUGGAUUCACUGCAUUGCUGACCUAUCCAUCGGCAUAUGAGGCUAGAGAAACUGUUACAAAAAUAGACAAAAGCAGAAUAGUAGUAGAAACAGAUGCGCCUUAUUUCCUUCCCAGGCAGGUUCCAAAAAGUUUGUGUCAGUAUUCACACCCAGGAGUUGCCCUGCACACAGUGAGAGAACUUGCCCGCCUAAAGGAUGUGUCGUUGUCCAACAUGUUGGCUACUCUAAAGCAAAACACCAAAAAAAUAUAUGACUUAUAGGAAAGUGUAAGAAAGCAUGUAAAAGAGCUUCUGAAUGAAUGUCAUAGGUCUCUUUAAGUGAUUAUUUUGUAAUGCAAAGAGAUCUUUAGGGUUCAUAGUGCUGUUGAUAAGUCUGGACCUGCUGAGAUGUCUGAAAGGAGCAAGGGAUCAGGUGCUGAGAAGAAAAAAGUCACACCUUGAUCUUGCUUGUUAUGUUAAGGUGCCUUAUUGUUGGUUUUAGUCGGAAGUGACUUUCCUUUUAAUUUAUUCAUCCUUGGAGGCAACAGAGAACACAACAUUGGCUUUUUAAUUUUUGUUUCAAUUUAUAUUUGUAUGGUCAUGUUCCAGGGCUGUAACAGAACAUUUUAUGAAGUCAGGCUCCAUCACAUAGGACAGACCCAAGUAUGGCUGGGUAGUCUGAGCCUCUUCACAAAAAAAAAGUGUGCUUUUAAAUCAUAAAGGCCGUAUUGGAAUCUUGGUACAGACCACCAGGUCAUUGCCAUAGAGUGCCUCCUUUAUGUUCAUCACCAGUAAAACACUUCCACAUGCUAGUGUGUAUACAGCAGUAUGCUCAAAAGGAGCAACAAAGUGCAUUUCCUGUGUAUGACAGCUGGAAUUAUUUCCAUAUGUGUAAACACAGUGGCUCUUCUCAAACACUGAAAAGUGUGGUGAAAAUUAGUUUUAAAAAGAACUGAGAUUCUGAAUACUGUUUAAGGAGUUAAUGAUGGAAGACAUUGUGAUGGGGGAAACCAGAUGCAUGGAAAAUGUUCCCAAUUUUCACGUAAAACCAUGGCUAAAAUUUUAUUUUCUUUUUAUUGGGCCUCUUUUAACCUCUUCAAUGGACUUGGUAAGGGGAAUUAUUCCAUUUUUAUACAAUUGCUUUUAAAUAUUAUUUGGAUUUAAAGCAUUUAUUUGUAAAGGUAUUUUUAUAUAAGUAUUGGUACAAUUUGAUUAUAUAAUAGUCUCCUGUCAGUGAAGAAACUAAUUAAAAUCUUGUAGUCAUUAACAUAGAAAACAAGUGGCGUUCUCAGUCGUUUUGGUGCCUUUAACCCAGGAAUGCCACAUCGUAUGCAAAAGUUCUUCCUAUAAGUAUUUUCAUCCCCAUUGUUAAAAGUAUUUUCCAAUGUCUGUGAAAAUGGGAAUAGCAUUUCAAAUAACUGUUUUCUUUGGGUGUGUACAGGAAUGACAAUAAAACCAUGCUCCGUAUGUUUAGACCUAA